GGAGCACACACGAAACAGUUGUGUUCGUUCUAGAUACAUGUCGGUAUAAGUUACGUAGAGUGAGUCUUAGGAAUGACCUUCAAAAUUAUUUUUCUUCUGCUAACAGUGAUAUCACUAGCAAACGCUGCGACUUACGAUGUACUACCAAUUCCUAGGAAAGACAUCCCAGAACAUGAUGAGUUGAGAAAAAUUGUCAACGGCCAACCGGCUACACAUAGCCAGUUUCCGUGGCAAGUUUCCAUCCGCGCUACAUUGGGCCGUUCUGUAACCGUAUGUGGAGGAUCACUGAUCGCACCGCAAUGGGUUCUAACGGCAGCUCAUUGCGCCAAGGAUUACACCGCAUUUCAAAUUGGCAUGGGAUCUGUAUAUCUCAACGUCCCACGAUUGACGAUGUCGACUGUAACCAAACUUGUUCAUCCAGAGUUCGAUCCUGUCAGACUGAGCAACGAUGUCGCAGUUAUUAAACUGCCUUCGCCCGUGCCAUACAGUAACGAAAUAUCUUCAAUUCAGCUACCACCAAUGUCAUACGCUACGAAAUCGUUCCAAAAUGUCAUAGGAAUUGUGUCUGGAUUUGGACGAACUUCUGAUGCUAGUCAGUCUAUAUCAAACUACCUAAAGUACGAAAACAUGCGACUGAUAUCGAAUUCGGAAUGCGCCAACGUGUAUGGAACUUCUGUCAUCAAAGAUUCGACUCUAUGUGCAAUCGGAUCGGAACGAACCAACCAGAAUGUAUGCCAAGGGGAUUCGGGAGGCCCAUUGGUCACACAGGAGAAUGGAGGCUACAUACAAAUUGGUAUUGUGUCCUUUGUGUCUAAUCGAGGCUGCAGUACAGGUGAUCCAUCCGGUUACAUUCGAACUGCAUCUUUCCUUGACUGGAUAGCCCAGCAGACAGGAAUACGCAUGCAGCCUUGAAAAUUUCUGUUUAUGCCCUCAAUCAUUAUAUUUAAAAAA